GGCAUCCAUCUAUAAAUAGGUUUGACAGACACAAAUGAUGUCUAUGUUGAUACAUAGUUGAAAGAUUAUUACACCGAACAGGAAAAGUGUUGAGUGAAGGCAAAGGCUACCUCUUUAAAGUAUCUGGCCUCAGGCUUCUCUUGGAUUAACUAAACCACAAGUACUUGGGAACAAUACAAUGGUCCAUUCUCAGUCACCAUAAUCCUUGUAGGUAUUGCAAGAAGUUUCAUAUGACUCUGCACAGAAAAGGCAACUACAAGCAUCCCUCUGAAGAAGUGUUUCAGCUACAGGUUAAAAAAACACAAAUGUCAACGUCCCCACCAACCACUUGUGAUUGGAUGCUCCUGGUUGAACAGAAGAAUGUAAGGAACCCUCUUUUUGGUAAUUUUGCUGUCAGACAACCAACUAAUUUAGCAUUGUUUCAAAGAACAAGGUUAUACGAGAAUUGUUAGUGCUCCUUUUCACCCAGUUGCUGCUCUGAAUGCUACCGGAUGCUUUCUCCAGUGACGACAGAUGAAUGACCGGCAGGGAGUAUUUCCCCCUGUAUCUCAGGAUCUGCUUUCUCUGUGGUAGAUAAAUGUCAGAGUUACGACAAUGGAUGCAGAGCUGGAGUUUGCCAUACUCCCCAGCACCACUGGCAAACAGCUUUUUGACCAGAUAGUGAAGACCAUUGGGCUGAGAGAAACGUGGUUCUUUGGCCUUCAGUAUCAGGAUAGCAAAGGCUUCUCCACCUGGCUCAAGCUCAACAAGAGGGUGACAGCUCAAGAUGUGAAGAGGGACAACCCUUUGUUGAUUAAGUUCAGGGCCAGGUUUUACCCUGAGGAUGUCGCCGAAGAACUGAUCCAAGAAGCAACGCAGCGCCUCUUCUUCCUACAGGUAAAAGAGAGCAUCCUGAACGAUGACAUAUACUGCCCACCUGAGACUGCAGUGCUCCUGGCCUCAUAUGCUGUUCAGGUCAAACUCGGAGACUACAAGAAAGAUUACCACGUCCCAGGAUACCUCACAAGAGAGAAGCUGCUGCCACAGAGGGUUUUGGAGCAGCACAAGCUGAAUAAGAAUCAAUGGGAGGAAAGAAUCCAGGUGUGGCAUCAAGAGCAUAAGGGAAUGCUGAGAGAAGACGCAAUGGUGGAGUACCUGAAGAUAGCCCAGGACCUUGAGAUGUAUGGGGUCAACUACUUCAGCAUCAAGAACAAGAAAGGGUCUGAGCUGUGGCUGGGAGUGGAUGCUCUGGGCCUAAACAUCUACGACAAAAAGGACAGGAUGACCCCAAAGAUUGGCUUCCCCUGGAGUGAGAUCAGAAAUAUUUCCUUCAAUGACAAGAAGUUUGUGAUCAAGCCAAUAGACAAGAAAGCUCCGGACUUUGUUUUCUACGUACCUCGUCUUCGCAUCAACAAACGUAUCCUGGCACUGUGCAUGGGGAAUCAUGACCUGUACAUGCGCAGACGUAAACCUGAUACCAUUGAGGUGCAGCAGAUGAAAGCCCAAGCCAGGGAGGAGAAGAACAAAAGGCAAAUGGAGAGGGCUCUGCUCGAGAGUGAGAAAAAAAAGCGAGAAAAUGCUGAGAAGGAAACAGAGAAGAUUGCUCGUGAGACCAUGGAGCUGAUGGAGAGAUUGAGGCAGAUUGAAGAGCAGACAAAGAGAGCUCAGAAUGAGCUGGAGGAGCAGACUCGCAGGGCGCUCGAGUUGGAGAAGGAGAGGACAAUGGCUCAGGAGGAGGCCGAGCGCCUGGACAAAGACCGCAAAGCUGCAAUACAGGCUAAGGCGGCUCUGCUGCACCAUUCUGAAACCCAGAUCAAGAACCAGGAAAGCCUGGUAGUGGCCACUGAGCUGGCAGAGCUUACCUCUAAGAUCUCCCAGCUGGAAGACGCCAAGAAGAAAAAGGAUGAGGAGGCAAAGAAAUGGCAGAAAAGGGCGGUGAUGGUGGAAGCUGACCUGGAGCGCACCAAAGAGGAGCUGAAGUCCAAACUCGUGGGCGUCCACAUCCAGGAUACAGUCCACCCUCACAUGCAUGAGCACGACGAGACGGAUGAGAGCAGUGCGGAGGCGAGUGCCGAGCUGACUUCCCCGGGCACGGUCCGCGACCGCAGCGAGGAGGAGCGAGUAACGGAGGCCCAGAAGAACCAGAGGCUGCAGAAAAACCUCAAGUUCCUGAGCACUGAUCUGGCUGUGGCUGUGGACGAGAGCAAAAAGACUCCCAAUGACCUGAUCCAUGCUGAGAAUGUGAGGGCGGGCCGUGACAAAUACAAGACCCUGCGUCAGAUUCGUCAGGGCAACACAAAACAGCGCAUUGAUGAGUUUGAGUCCAUGUGAGGCGGCCUGACGCUGCCCCUCUCAGACGGAAGACGAGAUGAGAAUAGAUGAUGAAUUUGAUUCUAGAAGUGUAGGGGCGGAUUAUUGCACGAAUAUAAGUGCUUGGACACAACAUAUGAUUAUAUUCCACAUCAUGUUCUGCCUUUAUGUCUUAAAUGUCUGUGAUUAUAAUAGCAUUUCGUUUGUGAGCAGUGGGAACGUGAUGAUUCUCCCUGGAAUUACGUUUUUGAUUUCACCUGGACCUGAUCAAAUAGUCUAGUGGAGUGUAAGAGUAACAUCUCACCAUUGCUCUAAGUUAUGAAGAUGUUUGCUGUUGUCCUUGUCAGUCUGACGAGAUCCUUUAACUUUAAAGUUUUCUGCAGUGAGUUCCAAGCAGCAGGUGCAGGGUGCUUAAUGAUGUGCCUAAUGAGGCAGAGCGUCUCCAAUUAUCACUUUCAAAAUAUGUCUAAUAAAAAUAAACCGAAAACCAAAAUGUACACUGGCGCUGGCAUACGUUAUAUAGUAUUUCUGGAAGUGUUUUUGCACACAUGC